GCUUCCUACCUGCUUCCCCGCAUUUUCUUCUUUCUCCUUCCAAACACCAAACCACCAAAUUCAAUACAGAUCGAUGAUUAUCCUUCUAUAAAAUACCGAUAGAAUCAAAUCAAUCAAACGCCAUUUAAUCACCUUCACAAACGGAGAAAGAAGCCCUAGAUCUGUGCGGAAAUUUCAACUUUCAAGGUUUCGAAAGUUUCUCCAAUGGCCGGAAUGCUUCCUGGUGUAGAGUGUGCUCGAAGAAGACGGUGUCAUCAAAACAAAGUAUGGUCAGAUUCACCGCCAAUCGCCGCUCAGGCCUUAACCAGGCGAUCCGUUCUCUGCUUGUACACAAGUAACCACGAAUCGCUCCUCGCUUCAAAUCCUUCUCUGCAACGAAGCCUGUUAAUCGAGGCAGGAGAAGACGAAGAACUGGACGGAACUGCGAGAGAAGCGAAGAGGAGAUUGGAUAAGCGAUUGAGAACGCAGAGGAAAUCAGAGGAUGGAAGAGAGAUGAUGAGGAGAAAGUUCAGUUGGACAAAGUUGAAUUGGAGCGGCGUAGAGGAAGAUAAGUGCGGUCAAUGCUGGUGAAGAAGAUGACUUGAUUUCAGUGAGUUUGUUCUUCUUCUUGUUCUACACGAUUGGGGGUGGGAUUGUAAUGUUAGUCAGCUGUUUGUAAUUUAUCAAUUGUAUCAAUUAACACCGUUAGAUAGAAUUUCUAUAUUUGUAUGGAUGACCUAUGUUUGGGGCAACUGAAAUUUGGUCCAAGGUUAAAAAACGAUUGAAAAUUGGUUUUUCGUUGAUUUGAGUUAUAUGUUAAAUUACUCAUUUGACUCCAAAA